CUCUGUACAAAGCUCCCCUCCAAAAAUCUCCCUAAUGAAACCUUCAGAAUUUCCUCAAAUGCGUACGCGUUUGGGCACGAUCACCAUUUUUCUUCUCCUAAUCUCAAGCACCCAUGCUUUCGCAAACAAAAGCCAGCACGCGAGCCUAGCAAACCAGUUUUUAGCUCCUCACAAUGUUGCUCGGCUAGCCCUUCGACUGCGGCCCUUGCUGUGGGACGCAAAACUGGCGCGCUAUGCGCAACGUUACGCUAAUCAAAGGCGCUUCGACUGUGCAUUGGAGCACUCUAAUGGGCCUUACGGCGAGAACAUCUUUUGGGGCAGCGGCAUUGGCUGGGCGCCGUCUCAGGCAGUCGCGGCAUGGGUUUCGGAGCGCCAGUGGUACAAUUAUUGGUCUAACUCCUGCGCCGGCGGACAGGAAUGCGGGCAUUACACUCAAAUAGUGUGGAGCACAACGGCGAGAGUUGGGUGCGCCAGGGUGAACUGUUUGGGUGGUAGAGGGGUGUUCAUGACUUGCAACUAUGACCCUCCUGGAAAUUAUAUCGGCGAAAGGCCAUAUUGAUGGAAAUUUCAAUUGUGAGACCAUGCUUAUACAUACUGUGGUGGGUAGUGUGUCUCUCUAUGUGUGGGUUAUUGUGGUUUUGAGCAACAGACCUAUAACAAUAAAGUGAGUGCUCUCAUGAGCUUUUGUUUCAA